AUGAAACGGCCAACAGUACUCCCUCUCCUUCUGAUCUCACCGAUAUUACUUGCAAGAGGUUCCUCGUCUCUUCCCAUUUCCUUCUCUCCAGAGCCUUCAGACCUGACAUUAGGCCAUCACAUCAAGAUACCUGAGACCGACGACAGCAACUCUCAGAAUAUUACUCAGACAAGAACGAGUUCCAUCAUCACUACUACCGGUGGUACAGAAGAACAUCAGAACGCUGAAGCCGUCACUGCUGCUGCUGCCGCUGUAAACACAAACACAAACAUUAUGGAGGCUUCAUCAUCACCGUCGUUCGCCUUUCCAAGGAAUCUACUGGAUUUCAAUGUGACCCUGGUUGGCACGACUCGUCAAUUUCUAAAUGGCAAUUCCGACGAUGGGACAACCCUCGAAACCACGAAAGAAAUACUGGAAGGAUUCUUAUUGGGAGGCUACUUGGAUAUGACGGCACCCAUACUGAACUUGACACUGACCCAAGAAGGUCGCUUUCAACUAUUUCCGGGAAGUUUGAUUCAUACCUUUUCGUAUUCUGGAACCUUGUUUAUAGAUCACCUGGAAUCCAGCUGGAAUACGUUUAAGGUGCAACAGAAUCAAGCAGGCUUGCUGACUGGGAAAGAAGCAGAUGUUGAAGAGCAAUUAAGUAACCAGGGAAUUCAACUGUUGGUGGACGACAUAUCCGUCGCAUCAUUUGACCAAAACGCUGUACCACAAAACGACAAUGAUCAAGUACCAACACUGGACGAAUCCGUGACGAGAACACCCAGGAUCAAAAAGGACCCUACCUCUACAUACCUUGCCAUUGCUAUAUCGCUAGCUCUGGUUGCUCUUUUGAUCUUUGCAUACUGGGUCCGAAGAAAAUCCUCUCAGAUCAAAAUGCGAAAAGAAUCCGAGCUAGACUCACGGAGAAAGCGAAUGUCGGAAGGUGUGGAAGAAGAGGAACCACAAAUGGACGAGGACACGGGUUCCGAUCAUACCAUAUCAUCCAAGUAA